AGAUGGCACCACCACCACCUCCGCCGCCGCCUCCCCCACCACCUCCUAAUAUGGGAGAUACUCCUCUUCCUCCGCCACUAGACACGGGAACGACGGCUAACGGUCCAGUCACCAAUGGCCCCGUCGCUCCACAAGAAAAUGGUCUUCAGGGGGCACCACCUAGCCAAGAGGAGGAGAAGGUGUGGGAAAGGUCGUGGAGCAUUGACGAAAUAAGAAAAGGUGCCACAAACUGGAGUCUUGCUGGAGACGCAGGGCUCCUGUUGUAUUUGCAAGAAUUUUCACAGAAGAUGAUAUCCAGAACUCAUGAGAUAGAAAAACAGGUUGAUGGACUUGUAAAUGAAAUGAAGUCCACGGAUGUGAGAGUACAUAAUACAUUUAAUGACUUCAUUAUGCUGGCUAAUACGCAGUUUGUGGAAAACAGAGUAUAUGAAGAAGACCUCAGUCAAAAUCCUGAAAACCCAGAAGGUGAGAAAAAGAGUGAGGAACAAGAAAAGACGAGGGAACAAAAAGAAGCCGAACUUAUCCCUAAGAUCACUGAAGCUAUUAACUAUGGACUGCAUGUGAUAGAUACAGCAUUUGAAAAACUAGAUGUGAACGCAGGAAAUUCCGAUUCUGAGGAUGAAGAUGCCAAUUAUAAAGUUGAUCCUAUUUUUGAACCUAAGGAUCCUUACAUCAAUCGACCUCUUCCCCAUGUGAUAGGGACUCCACUCUUCCUGCAGUCAGAUGAUGUUGGUUUAGAAGAGCUCCCCUCAGAAGAUGAAGCUGUGUCAGACCAUGGUAGCAUCAGUGAGUCUGAAGAGAGCGAGGAGUCUGAGUCAGACUCUGAAGAGGACAAAAAACCACAGAAAGUAUCCUCCUCUGAGGAAGAGUCUUCUGAGAGUGAAAGUGAAACUGACAGUGGGAGUGGCUCUGAAAAAGAGGUCAAGGUCAAAACCAAGGCCAAAUCAAAAACCAAAAAGAUUGAAGACAGUGAUGAUGGCGACCUGUUUGGAAAAGAAUCUGAGGAAGAAGGGGAAGAGGAUCUCAAUAGUGAGGAGGAGGAGGGGGAGGACGAGGAAGAAGAAAAACCAAAAAAGCCGCCACCCCCAGUGGACUUUGCCUCAGAGUUGGCUGCCAAGCUGGGAGGUGGUAUUCCUCAGCCCCCAAAACAACAGGACCAGGAUGAGGAUCAGGAUGAGUGGGAGGAGGCAGAAGAGGCGCCAAAACAUAAAGAGAAAAGACAAUCUUCCAAAAGUGAAAAGAAAGAAAAGAAGGAAAAGAAAGAGAAGAAGAGCAAAAGAAAAGAAUCUAAAGGAAGUGAAGAUGGAGACCUUUUUGGCCCUCCUCCCGUGGAAGAUGACGACUCCCCGUUUGGUCGAAAAGGCGGACUGUUCUCUAGCAGUGGAGGACUGUUUGAUGAUGACAACGACGAGGGUGGUGGUCUUUUUGAUGAUGUAAUAAAAGAAGAAAAAAUAGAAGAAAAGUCUGAGGAAGAGGAUGAGGUAGAGGAAGAAAAACCUCCACCUAAAGCCAAAGAGAGCAAAGGAAUGACCAAGACAGGAAAGAAAAUACCUGUAGGGGGUAUAUCCAUAUUUGGAGAUCUAGAUGAUGAUGACAACGACCUGUUUAGUUCCCCAAGUUCUGAACCAAGCCAGACAAAAUCAACUGCCAAGUCUGGGGGAGGAGGGGGAGGACUGUUUGAUGACGAUGAUGAAGGCGACCUCUUUGGCUCAGCACCACCAGCUAAAAAGGCUGAGCCACCCAAGAAGAAGAAGGAGUCCAAAGCUGUCGACUUGUUUGCAGAUGAUGAGGACGAAGAUGAUGAAGGAGAUAUCUUCUCAGGAAAACCACCUCCAUCGAAGAAAGAAGAGCCUAAGAAAAGUAAACCUCCUGAAAAGAAACUUCCCCCUGGAGCAGUAUCCAUGUUUGGAGGGGCGCCAAACCCUCUGGCGGCAGCCCUGAAAUCCAAGAGACCCCCCUCAGAUGAUGAGGCUUCGGAAGAGGAGAUUAAGUCACGGUCCAGUAGCAGUAAAUCCACCGCGUCAGGACAGAUCAAGCCAACGCCAUCGUCGUCGCAGAAGGCCAGUCGAAGUCCUUCCGUGUCCAGCAACAGUUUGUUCGCUGAAGAGCCAGAUGCAGAUGAUCUUUUUGCAGGAAAACCCAGAGCUGACAGUAAAAAUAAACCCAAGGCUGGCAGUGGAGGAGGAGGAGGAGGAUUAUUUGGUGAGGAAGGCACUGAUGAUGGACUGUUUUCUGCUCCAGCAUCCAAGACCUCAAGUAAACCCAAAGCUGUCAGUCUAUUUGAUGAAGAUGAUGAAGAUGGUGAUGGUGGAGAUUUGUUUGCAGCCAUUUCUAAACCUAAAGACAGCGACAAGAAAAAGCCACCAGGUGGCGUUUCUCUCUUUGGUGGGGUGGAUGUCUUGGGGGUUGGAAAGAAAGAAGAGAAAAAGGAAGAAAAACCAAAAGAGGAGCCAAUGCCCAAAGCAGCAGCGCAGAAACGCCCCUCUCUCUCCAUCUUUAGUAACGAUGACGACGAAGAUGGAGGGGAUCUGUUUGGUGGCGCCACCUCUGUGCCAAAGACUGAGGCUUCAAAGCCACAUGAGGUGAAGUCCAGAAGCAAGAGUAAAAUGUUGUUUGAAGAUGAGGAUAUUUUGUUUGGUGGCGGACCGACAGAAAGCCCAGACGUGGAUUUGUUUGGAGCAGCAAGCCCAGUGGGAAGUCCCACACAGACUAAGCCAAUACCAGCCAAGCAGCCUACAGAACCAGCCAAACAGAAGGUCAGCAUAAAGGGAGCUACGGUCAGUUCGUCCACCACAGAUUUGUUUGGGAGUCCUAGGAGCGAUGAUGACCUGUUCUCUCCUAGUAAACCUAAGGCUAAGGAGCCUGAUCCCGCUCUCCCAGUAAAGGGCGCUACAGUGACAGAAUCUUCCACAGAUCUUUUUGGGAAAAGCCCAUCUCAAGAUGAUGACCUUUUUGGGGAAAAGAAACAGGAGAAAGUGGAAGAGGAACCAGUUAAACCUAAAAAGCCAAUAGGUGGCGUGUCUAUGUUUGGAGGUUUUGAUCCCACCGCUGCCACCAAAGGACUCAAAAAGACAAGGGGUGCAUCUAAAGUGGAAGAGGAAAGAAAAGAAGCAGUAAAGGUGGAAGAAAAGAAACCAACUCCGGCCAAGAAAAUUGCUGAUCCUCUCUUUGGAGGAGAGGAUGAAGAUGAGGGUGAUCUUUUUGGAGGUGGUGCUGCCAAGUCAUCUAAGCCUGUUGAAGAAAAACCCAAAAAGCCGGCAGGUGGGGUGUCCUUGUUUGGUGCAGGAGGUGAGGAUGAUGGAGGAGAUCUCUUUGGAAAACAAGCAGCUAAGAAAGAAGAGAAGCCUCCAGAAGCUGAAGUUAGUAAGCCCAAGAAACCUGUAGGGGGAGUGUCCAUGUUUGGUGGAUUUGAUCCAUCAGCUUUCAAAAAGAAAGAAACAAAGGAGGAAGAAAAAGCUGAGGACAGUGUUGAUGCCAAACCCGAGGCUCCAAUAAGUAGUCCUCCAAAACCACAAUCAAAUAUAGGUCGCUUACAGGCUGGUUUGGCAUUUAACCCCGCUGCUUUGUUGCCUGGUGCGGCUCCCGUUGCUAAGGAGCCUGAAACAGUUGCCGUGGGCUUUGAUCAACCCGUGAGCACAACUAGUACUUUACAAAAUGCUGCGAAGGGUCGAGCCAAAGUACAACAGAAGAGAAGACCUCCGUCAAGACAAGCCAGACAGGCAGCAGCAAGACAAGCGGAACAGGACUUUGUUGAUGGAGUAGGUGCCAUGACAACAGCACCAUCAGCAGUUUCCAUGACAACUGGAACAACAACAACAGUCACCAGAAAAGUUCCACAAGCAAGUAAUGCACCAACCUCAAACAAACCAGUGAAGGACAUUUUUGGAAAUGAUGACCUUGUUCCUGAAGGAAAAGCGGGUCAAGGUCAGGGACUACUUCAAGGAAGUGAGGACAUUUUCGAUGCAGGAUUUGGAAACAAGCCAAAGAGUGCUGAAAAGAAAGUCACCAACUUUGAAGAUGAUUUAUUUGGUGCAGCAAAAACUGUUCCAACACCUGCUGUGCCUCCCUCCUCCCAAGUGACACAAAACGACAAAGACGAUAUUUUUUCAGAACCCAAGAAAACUGCAAAAGCAUCCUCAAUUUUAGACGAUGACUUGUUUGGGGACAGUGUAUUGAAUAAACCUCCCCCAAGCUCAAAAUCUGUUGGCAAAGCGAAGCCUUCUGGUGCUGGUUUGGCAUUUAACCCCGCUGCUUUGUUGCCUGGUGCGGCUCCCGUUGCUAAGGAGCCUGAAACAGUUGCCGUGGGCUUUGAUCAACCCGUGAGCACAACUAGUACUUUACAAAAUGCUGCGAAGGGUCGAGCCAAAGUACAACAGAAGAGAAGACCUCCGUCAAGACAAGCCAGACAGGCAGCAGCAAGACAAGCGGAACAGGACUUUGUUGAUGGAGUAGGUGCCAUGACAACAGCACCAUCAGCAGUUUCCAUGACAACUGGAACAACAACAACAGUCACCAGAAAAGUUCCACAAGCAAGUAAUGCACCAACCUCAAACAAACCAGUGAAGGACAUUUUUGGAAAUGAUGACCUUGUUCCUGAAGGAAAAGCGGGUCAAGGUCAGGGACUACUUCAAGGAAGUGAGGACAUUUUCGAUGCAGGAUUUGGAAACAAGCCAAAGAGUGCUGAAAAGAAAGUCACCAACUUUGAAGAUGAUUUAUUUGGUGCAGCAAAAACUGUUCCAACACCUGCUGUGCCUCCCUCCUCCCAAGUGACACAAAACGACAAAGACGAUAUUUUUUCAGAACCCAAGAAAACUGCAAAAGCAUCCUCAAUUUUAGACGAUGACUUGUUUGGGGACAGUGUAUUGAAUAAACCUCCCCCAAGCUCAAAAUCUGUUGGCAAAGCGAAGCCUUCUGGUGCUCUUUUGGAUGAUGAUAUUUUCGCAGACUCCAGUUUAAAUUCCAAAAAAGAUGAAAAAAAAGAAGACAAGAAAGCGACAAAAGCUGCCAAACAGGAAGAACUCUUUGGUGAUGAAGACAUGUUUGCAGCAGCAGCAGCCAGUAAAGCUGCAGCGAAGAAACAGAAAGAAAAACCCAAAACACGAGAUGAGGACAUAUUUCAAGAUGACACUGACAUUUUUGCGGACAUUCCAGCAGCCAAACCCAAAGAAAAGAAGAGCAAGAAGAAAACUGGCACAAAAUCAGAUACCAAACCAUUAUUUAAAGGAGAUGUUGAUGACAUCUUUGCUGACACAGACCCAAAACCUAAGACCAAGAAAACGAGUAAAGGCACAAAGAAAAAGACCAGUCCAGCAGAAGCUGCAAAUAUCUUUGACGAGAACGCACCAAGUAUUUUUGACGACCCUCUAAAUGCUAUGAACUGAGAGCAGAAAUAACUUUGUUUUUUUUUUUUUUUUCUUGAGACAUACCCUCACUUAUCCUGGGAAUAAAGUAUCUUGAUUUAUUGAAGAAUUAUUCUGUGAUAUGAAGUUGUAGGAUGAAGAAUGAUAUUAUACAUAGAAUUUUACAUACCAUCAUGGCUGGCUAUCACUUAAUAUAUAUGAGUUUUAA